GCACAACUAUGGGUUGAAUCGUAGAUGGAACUUGGAUGAAUACUAGACCAGCUCUCUCCUCCCACAGACUUCCUCUGUACCUGGUCUUCCUGGGCGUCAGUCUACUUUUCCUGGUCGUUAACCUGGUCUGUGCCCUGAUGGUCAAAAGGGUCGCUGCCGAUGUCAAGACCAUUGUCCUGGUGAGGGUCACCAUCAACGACAGCCUGUUCGUGCUCUGCGCCAUCUCGCUGUCCAUCUGCCUCUACAAGGUCGCCAAGAUGUCGCUGGCCAACAUCUACCUGGAGUCAAAGGGGACGUCGGUGUGUCAGGUGACUCUGAUCGGCAUCAUGGUGGUGCUGCUGUAUGCGUCUCGAGCCUGUUACAACCUGGUGGUGCUCGCCCUCACCGACAUCGAGACCAUCAACUCCUUUGACUAUGACUGGUACAACGUCUCCGACCAGGUGAUGGCUGUGGCGGACUUAUAACUUGCCAUAGG